CCUCCGGGUUGAAAUGCGGCCCAGGAAGGAGGGCACGCCCGGCUGUGCGUCCUGGCCUUCCAGCUCCGCCGGCGGCCCGGCCUGGGAAUUGCCUGCCCUGCCGCCCUGUCCCAGGUUGUGAGAUGUGCUCACAGGAGGCUUUGCAGGCACAGAGAAGCCAGCUUGUGGGGCUGCUGGUCUCGGGAUCCCUGGAAGGCUUUGAGAGCAUCCUGGACUGCCUGCUGUCCUGGGAAGUCCUCUCCUGGGAGGAGUAUGAGGGCCUCUGUGUCCUGGGCCAGCCCCUUUCCCACUCAGCCAGGCGCCUCUUGGACACUGUCUGGAGUAAAGGUGCUUGGGGCUGUGAGAAGCUCAUUGCAGCUGUCAGGGAGGGCCAAGCCAGCACCCAGUCCCUGGAGCUGCAUGACUGCUGGGACCCUCACUCACUCCACCCAGCCCAGGACCUGCAGAGUCACCGGCCAGUCGUCGUGAGGAGACUCUACAGCCAUGUGGAGGGGGUGCUGGACUUGGCGCAGGAGCGAGGCUUUGUCAGCCAGUAUGAGUGUGAUGAAAUCAGGCUGCCAAUCUUCACGUCCUCCCAGAGGGCAAGAAGGCUGCUCGAUCUUGCCACAGUGAAGACGAAUGGAUUGGCUGCCUUCCUUCUGCAGUGUAUUCAGGACUUACCAGUCCCACGGGCCCUGCCUUUCGAAGCUGCUGCGUGUAAGAAGUACCUGUCCAAGCUGAGGACCACAGUGUCGGCUCAGUCUCGCUUCCUCAGUACCUACGAUGGGGCGGAGACCCUCUGCCUGGAGGAUGUCUACACGGAGAAUACCUUGGAGGUGCGGACAGACGUGGGCACGGCCGGCCCCCCACAGGAGAGCCUGGCCACCCUCGGCCUGGAGGAGCUCUUCAGUGCUCACAGCCACCUCAACGAGGACGCGGACACCGUGCUGGUGGUGGGCGAGGCGGGCAGUGGCAAGAGCACACUCCUGCAGCGGCUGCAUUUGCUGUGGGCCGCGGGGAAGGCCUUCCAGGAAUUUCUCUUCGUCUUCCCGUUCAGCUGCCGGCAGCUGCAGUGCGUGGCCAAACCGCUGUCUGUGCAGACGCUGCUCUUUGAACACUGCUGUUGGCCCGACGCUGGACGACAGGACAUCUUCCAGUUCCUUCUGGACCACCCUGACCGCAUCCUGUUAACCUUCGAUGGUUUUGAUGAGUUCAGGUUCAGGUUCACGGACGGUGAACGUCACUGCUCUCCAAUGGACCCCACAUCUGUCCAGACCCUGCUCUUCAACCUCCUGCAGGGCAACCUGCUGAAGAAUGCCCGCAAGGUGCUGACCAGCCGCCCGGCGGCCGUGUCACCCUUCCUCAGGAAGUACAUCCGCAUGGAGCUCAGCCUCAAAGGCUUCUCGGAGGAGGGCAUUGAGUCGUACCUGCGGAAGUGCCAUCACGAGCCUGGGGUGGCCGACCGCCUCAUCCGCCUACUUCACGCGACCUCACCCCUGCGUGGUUUGUGCCACCUGCCUGUCUUUUCAUGGAUGGUGUCCAAAUGCCACCAGGAACUGUUGCUGCAGGAAGGGGGCUCCCCAAAGACCACCACGGAUAUGUACCUGCUGAUCCUGCAGCACUUUCUGCUGCGGGCCUCUCCCCCAGACUCAGCACCCCAUGGCCUGGGGCCCAGCAUCCUUCGAGGCAGGCUCCCCAGCCUCCUGCACCUGGGCCAGCUGGCUCUCUGGGGCCUGGGCACGUGCUGCUACCUGUUUUCUGCCCCGCAAAUCCAGGCAGCACAGGUCAGCCCUGAUGACAUUGCCCUCGGCUUCCUGGUGCGUGCCAAAAGUGUGGCUCCGGGAAGGGCAGCCCCCCUAGAGUUCCUGCACAUCACUUUCCAGUGCUUUUUUGCUGCCUUCUAUCUGGCACUUGGUGCUGACACACCCCCAGCCUCGCUUGGAUACCUCUUCAACUGUCGCAGGCCAGGUGGCUCACCACUGGCCAGGCUGCUGCCUGGGCUGUGUGUCCAGGGCCCAGGGUGCAAGGAGGACGGCAUGGCAGCUCUGCUGCAGAAGGCUGAGCCGCACAACCUUCAGAUCACGGCGGCCUUCCUGGCAGGGCUGUUGUCCCGGGAGCACCGGAGUCUGCUGGCUGAAUGCCAGGCGUCCGAGAAGGCCCUGCUCCGGCUCCAGGCUUGUGCCCGCUGGUGCCUGGCCCGCAGCCUCCGAAAGCACUUCCAGUCCAUCUCACCAGGCGUGCCGGGUGAGGCCAAGAGCAUGCACGCCAUGCCGGGGUUCGUCUGGCUCAUCCGGAGCCUGUAUGAGAUGCAGGAGGAACGGCUGGCGCGGGAGGCUGUGCGCAGGCUGAAGGUAGGACAUCUCAAGCUGACGUUCUGCGGCGUGGGCCCUGCCGAGUGUGCUGCCCUGGCCUUCGUGCUGCAGCACUUGCGGCGGCCAGUGGCCUUGCAGCUGGACUACAACUCUGUGGGCGACAUCGGUGUGGAGCAGCUGCUGCCCUGCCUCAGUGUCUGCAAGGCCCUGUAUUUGCGGGAUAACAACAUCUCAGACCGAGGCAUCUGCACGCUCGUCGAACGCGCUGUUCGCUGUGAGCCACUGCAGAAGUUAGCUCUGUUCAACAACAAACUGACCGAUGGCUGUGCGCACUCCAUGGCCAAACUCCUCGCAUGCAAGAGGAACUUCUUGGCCUUGAGGCUGGGAAAUAACCACAUCACCGCUGCGGGGGCCCAAAUGCUGGCUGAGGGGCUCCGGGCCAACACCUCCCUACAGUUCCUGGGGUUGUGGGGCAACAGAGUGGGCGACGAGGGGGCCCGGGCCCUGGCUGAGGCCUUAAGUGAUCACCAGAGCUUGAAGUGGCUCAGCCUGGUAGGAAACAACAUUGGCAGUGUGGGAGCCCACGCCUUAGCACAUAUGCUGGAGAAGAACACCACACUGGAAGAACUCUGCCUGGAGGAGAACCAUCUCCAGGAUGAAGGUGUGUGUUCUCUGGCAGAAGCACUGAAGAGAAACUCAAGCCUGCGCGUCCUGAAGCUGUCCAACAACUGCGUCACCUACCUGGGGGCAGAAGCCCUUCUGCAGGCCCUUGCAAGGAAUGACACCAUUCUGGAAGUUUGGCUCCGAGGAAACACUUUCUCUGGAGAGGAAAUUGAGACGCUCAGCCACAGGGACGGCCGCCUCUUGCUGUGAUGUCUCCAGGCUCCUGUUCCUUUGUUUGCGAGAAAGCCGGUGCUUUGGGCCCCAGAAGCUGGAUUCCAUCUGGCAGGGGCCUGUUCAGUCUGAACCCCCUCCUGCCCAGGGCUGAAUUCGUGUUCUGGGAACACACUAGGUCACCUUUAUUCUGGUGGAGGAAGGAGCAUCAGUGCCCUCCAGAACAGAAUUUUCCCAAGCCUAUGUUUCACUUUGGCUUCUUCUCCAGAAUCAGUGCGGGGUGGGGAAUGCCCCUCCUCCGUAGUACGGGGCUGGCCUCCAGCUCAUCCUCUGGGGGCCUAUGGAUAUGCCUGUUAACUAAGCCUCUAUUGUGGUAGAGCCCUACUGGCCUCAUGGGGAAGACCCCUUCUCAUUCUUCUCAUGAAGAAGACAGGUAUGCAAGAAGCAUCUUUCUACCAGGUUGACCCAUAGACCAUCUAUCCGGGCCAUUCCCCACCUGAGGUUCCCUCCACUUGUCCUGGGUUUGUCCAUGCUCCUUCCUUUGAGGUUCAGCUACAGAAUACCAGUGAUCUCAGCUUUCAUAUUUUGCUUUCACACCCUCGACCCUGGCACCCAGGGUGGCAAGGGCUGCAACUUAGCCUGCUUUCCUUUGCAGUGCUUUGGAUAUUGUUGGAUGGGGACACAUGACAGCCAUUUGUUCCCCCAAACAUUCUGGAUUUGCAAGCAAAAUAUGACCACACUCCAGCUGGUUUCACACGUGGACUUUUAUUUCCAGUGAAAUCAAUUACUUUUCAGUUAAGCCUUUGGAAAUGGCCCCACUUUAAAAAGCUCCAAAUGCAGCUUUUUAAAAUUAAUCUGGGCCAGAAUUUCAAACGGCCCCACUAGGCUUCUGGUGGCCGCCUGUGAACUGAACUCUGACAACAGACUUCUGAAAUAGAUCCGUAAGAGACAGUUCCAUUUUAUAUGGGCCAGAGUGCUUUAGGGUGUACAGUUAUGGAUUUUAAGUUUACAAGGGCAAAAUCAGGCUGUUCCUCCUAAGCAAAUGUCUUUCUGGAUUUUUCAAAGUGAUGCUUGUUGAAGCAUUUGUAAAUUGUCAGGGGCUGUGCAAAUGUUAUUCUCUUAAACAUUAUUAUGUGUGAAACUGGUUAAUAUUUAUAGAUGACUUUGUUCUAUUCUCCUAAGUUUAUACUUUUAUAGACAACAUGACCAUGAACUUAUUGUUGUACAUAAUCACAGAGGAAUAAAUUAUU